AUGGCUGGGAUGAAUCCGGCUGAAAAAUGGACGCCUGAGGCAAACCAGGGUGGGCUAGGGGAUGCUGCAGCCCAUUUUGGUGAACUGGAGGAAAUUCUACUGCAUUCUGAUAAGAUGCGGGUUGCUGUGGCGAAAAUUGUGGAACAGAAGGUGAGUGCAGCGAAUUUUGGUCAAAUGAAAGUGGCUGCAACUCCGUAUGAGGCGAUGAAAAUAAUUGCUUUGAAUAUUCAUCAACAACUGGAAAGGAAGGUGACUGUUGAGAAUUCUGGCUGA